GAAGAAAAGCGCAGACGCUUUUGUCGUGUUCGCCCGUGGCCGCCGAUCGUGUCACCGCUGAUUGUGCGAGAGUAGUGCUAAAGUAGUUUGCGGUACUCGGGGAGAGAAAGCCAUGGGGCUCGCGAGGGCGGCCGUCUUCGCCGGCUGUCUCCUUCUCUUCCUGGCGGUCGACGCCUCAGGCAGUAAAUGUAACGUUGGCUGCCAUGGAAUGCAAAUAGACAAUAAAGCCUAUCAGGCAGGACACACGUACAUUUACGAUUUGGAAGGAACAUCUGUAACAACUGUCCCUGACGCUCAGAAUGACGCUACCUUGAAGUUGAAAGGUACUGUUGAAGCAACAAUAAAACCUGACUGCAUUGGACAGAUUCGAUUGAAGGAUGUACAAAUCAAUGGAGUCCCAAUAUCGCUGCCAGAUGUUGAAAAGUACGCGCUACAACUCAACUAUCACAAUGGCCAUAUCGAUACGGAGAUCUGUACCGAAGCCGGUGACUCGCAGGCGUCCCUCAACAUCAAAAGAGCGGUCGCUUCCUUGUUCCAAUCAGCUAUCAUGCAGGAAUCUGGCUCUACAACUCAUCACGAGACCGACGUGCUCGGCGGCUGUCCGACUGACUUUACUUUCCACAAAGAUGGCGAGUCGCUGGUCGUCCUCAAGGAGAAGGAUCUGAUCCGUUGCGCCUAUCGCGAGAAUAUCAGAAACGGUCCAGUGUCUGCGAUCUAUGACGCGAAAUCCGACAUCCAAUCGGCCCCGUUGCUGUCGGGGCAUCAGAAGGUCGAACAACGUUUCAAGCGCGGUAUCCUGAACAAAGUAACCUCGGUCGAGACGUACAAAUUGAAAGCCUGGAGAAACGGAGACCUAGGCGCUAAGACCGUCGUGCAGACCACUAUGACGCUUAAGGGUGAGAAGGGUGAUGUCCCGGACGCCCCGGUUUCCCAGCCGAAGUCCUUGAUAUUCGAAGCGCCGCAUCCCGUCGUUAAAUCGUCGCCUGACAGCAUCGCCGCGGCCUUAAAGGCAGCGAGCGCCGAAGAGCACGACGGCAUAAAGCAUGACGCGGCCGAAAAGUUCGCACAUCUCGUCAAAGUCCUUCAUCACAGCAGCAAGAACGACAUUCUCGCGAUCUACCAGAAAGUGAAAAACGGCAAUGGUUUCGACAAAGCCCUGGACAAGAAGAUUUUCCUGGACGCCCUCUUCCGCGCCGGAAGUGGCGAGGCCGCGGAGGUGGUCGUGGAUCUACUAAAGAGCCACGAGCUUACCGGCAUCGAGGCGCUCAAGUUCUACGCGAGUCUCGCUCUCGUCAAUCACGUGAACCUACCAUCGGUGACCGCUGUCACGUCUCUUCUCGAUCAGCCAAACGUACCGCGCCUCGGGUACCUUGGGAUCGGUCAGGUGAUCGGCAAGUACUGCCAAGAGCAUACUUGCGAGGACGUAGCCGAGGUCAAGCAGGCCGUCCACAAAAUUCGCGAGAAGGUCGGCAACGGGAAGGCGAAGACCAGGGAACAAGAGAAUAUCAUGAUUUCGGCUAUAAAGGCGCUUGGUAACGCCCGGUAUCUUGAUGACGCCACUCUGCAAAAAUUGGUAGGCAUUGCCGAGGACAAGAACGCCCGUAAUCGUGUCAGGGUAGCUGCGAUCGAGGCUUUGCCUACCCGCUGCUCCAUGAAAUGGAAGAGUAACCUCCUAAAAGUUUUGGGCAAUCGCGAGGAAGAUAGCGAGAUCAGAAUCAAAUCUUAUCUGUCUUUGGUCGCCUGUCCCUGCGCGCAUGUCGCAAGUAGCAUCAAAGAACUUUUGGACAAGGAAACGUGCAAUCAAGUUGGAUCCUUCAUGCAGAUCCAUUUGCGUAAUCUACGAGCGUCCGCUGAUCCAAGCAAAGCUGCGAUGCAAAAGCAUCUCGGUCAGAUUAAGGGACGAACUAAAUUCCCAAGGGACUUCCGCAAAUUUUCUUUCAACGAUGAACUGUCGUACAAUCUGGGUGGUAUUGGUGUCGGUUCCACUAUAGAGGCCAAUUGCAUUUACAGCCAGAAUAGCUUUGUGCCACGCUCCAUCAAUCUAAACUUGACCACCGAGAUAUUCGGGAGAGCUUUUAACUUUUUAGAGGUCAAUACGCGCGUUGAGAAUCUUGACAGACUGCUCGAGCAUUACUUCGGACCCAAGGGCCGCUUGACGCAGGACGAAGUAGAAGAUCUGGUGGACAAGGGAGUGGACAAUGCAAAGAACAUCGCUGAAUACAUCAAAGGGAAGGUCAACAAACUGCGCGGCAAGCGUGAAGUUAAGCAAGGAGAACUCGACAAAUUCGCCAAAGGUGUGAAAUUAAGGAACAACGAGGUGGACGAGCAGUUUGAUUACGACCUGUCCGUCAAGAUGUUCGGCGUCGAAUUAGCCUACCUGACUUACGAUGGUAAUCCCACGCAGUUUACGCCGGAACACAUCAUCGACAAGAUAUUUGACAACCUUGAGGGCGGGAUGAACAAGUUGAAGAAAUUCGAUUACACUCUGCAAAAUCACAUACAGUUCCUCGAUGGAGAGGUCGUCUAUCCGACAAAUCUCGGCAUGGGUCUCUCCGUCGGUGUAACCGGUACCAGCGUGACCAAAUUGAGGAACUCCGGCAGCUUGGAUAUUCCAGCUAUCAUAAAGAAUCCAGACAGCGCAGACGUACAGCUUAUCUGGGAUAUCGGUGGCUCUGUUCGUAUUGCUGGCAAAAUGGUCGUCAAAGGCUUCGACGUAGAGUCCGGUAUGAAAGUAGUCAGCACGUUACACACUGACUUGGUGGUAGAUUCAACGAUGAAAUUAUUAGACGGCAAAGGUAUCGAAAUGUCUAUCGGUACGCCGAAAAAGAGAGAAGUUAUAAGUGUCGAUAGCGAAGUCCUGUUUAGUUCUGGCGAUGCGUACAAAGCUGCCAAAUUCGGCAAGAGUAAAGUAUACAAAGACUGCUUCGAGCAGCUGUCCAAUGUCAUGGGCGUAACACUUUGCGGCCACGUAGAAUUCCCAUACGACGGCAUUGACUCGGUACAGAAGAGAGCACUCUUCCCACUGAACGGUCCGUCGCAUUUCAGCGUUAGUUUGGAAUUCAACGAUCUAGAUAGAAUCCGUCUUAAGCUCUACCACGACAAGUCACCCAAGUCCAGGUCGUUUGAGAUCUUACUAGAUACGCCAAACAGCAAAGCUGACAGACGCAUGUCUCUCUCUGGUGAAGCCGCUCUCGAGCCCAAUAAACACGCCAAACUAUCUUUCGAUUCUCCCUUUAAGAAAGCCUCUAUCGAAGCGGUAAUAAAAGAAGAACCUCAAGAGCGCUCGCUUACGAUUACCGCGCACAACGAUAACCAGGAGUAUUACGGGCGCGUCGGUCUCUUGGCCAACGGUGCCAAGUAUAAGCCCAUUUUGGAGUACAAGGUACCAGAGCAUAUCGAGAAAUUGGCAGGAAAAUCCGGGCUGAAGACUCCCUCCGGCGGUCAGCAAUACGAGGUGCAAGGUACCGUAGAGAUGGUCGAUCAUGACGGUGGCAAAAAGUACAUAUUCGACAAGGUAGCCUUCGUCGCGGGUGGUCAGAAGGUCGUCGGUCUCGACGGUUACGUUCAGUCCGCAGAAAAUGCCGCCGGCAUGGACAUGAAGGUGAAUUACGGCGGGGAAUCCGUCGAUCUCAAGAUGCAAGCGAAGAAAAAGGACAAUAAUUUCUUCUCGAUCAGCGUCUCCGCAUUGCCGUCGAAGGAUCCCAAUAUCGGGUUUAAUAUCCAGUCCGAUAUCCACAAAGAACCGUUCGCGUACAAGUACAAUCUGAUCUUCAUUCACGGCCCGGAUCCGAACUCCAAGAUAAACCGUUUCAGCCUCGAGCAUCAUGCUAUCGCUAAACCGAACCAGGACGGGCAGAACUUCAUCGUGGGUGGCUCCACCAAGAUCGCGUAUCCCGCCAUGAAGUUGAAAUUAGAGCUCGAAGGUAAGGCCAAACCGAAUUCCGUCGACGGCAAGAUCGGGAUCGCUUACGAUAAAUUCAAGUUCGGCUCUAAACUAUCCGCCGAGCAAAGCAAAGGGGGCGAUUACGAGGUCGCAUUCGAUGCCGAACUUUUGCAGAACAGCAUCAAAUUCGAGACCAAGCGUUCGACUGUUGACGAGCACAAGAACAAAUACAUUCACAAGCUCGAGAUUGUACCGGGAGGUAAAUACGAGGCCGACACAACAAUCAUGUGUGAUUUUAACAAGAAUACGAAAAACGAGAAGUUUGAGUUGGACAGUGACCUGAAGCUGGACGACAAAAAGGCCAAAGUUUUCGUCAGUUGGCUACUCGACCGUCCUAAGACCGUUCAGUCAAGCGCGUACGUCAUUUUCAACGACGUCAAGUACGUCGACCUGCUGUUGAAGCUGCAGCAAUUGGGCGCGAACCCUCAAGGCAGUCUGACUUUGAAUGUGAAGAACUACGUGGACGUUACGGGACAGAUGUCGGUCCAGAAUGGUAAGGGCAACGCACAGCUCAACAUUGACUUGCCGAAGAUCAACCGGAAGAUCAAGGGGACCGGCGACUUCAUGGUGAGCGGCUCGCAGCACAACGGCGACUUUGAGCUUCUACUCGAUGCGGAAAAGGACCCGAGCAAACGCAUCAAAUUGUCUACUGCGAAUGACAUAAAGAAGAACGCGAUCGACACGAAGAACGUGAUCGAGAUAAUAAACUACAAAUUCGAGCUGAAUGGCAAGGGCAAGUUGAAUGGCGAGAACAUACACGAAGGCGAAUUGACCGUUGAAGGGGACCUCACUCUGCCGAACGGUCGUUACCUGACCGGCAAUUUGAAGCGUACGUCCAAAAAGAAUAAGGAUAAGUACGAAAUUGACGGAAACCUCGAGCUUGAAGACCACGAGUCUAAAGGCGGCAAAUCGCGAAAAAUUACGCUUACUGGAAAAGCCGAGCAAGUCGAUUUCAAAGCGAGCACGUUCCUGAUCGACCAUCAACUCAAAAUCGUCAACUUCAACGGCGACAACGAACAGCUCAAUUUGAAACUCAAGAAUCUCGUUGACACCGACGGCUACAAAGAAGUGCAAGGGAUCACCCUGGAUCUUUCGGGAUCGCAUCUACCGAAACCAUUCCAUCUGAAUUACGAAGAGAACGAACGCGAUAAUGAAGUGUCCUACAAAGGCGCUUCUUCCUAUGGCAAGGACCUCCAGCUGAAGUGUUCCGGACAUAUCGUCAUCGGCGAUGAUAUUGACAAGCCCCACAAGAUCAAAGGCGACGUGGAGCUGAUACUGCCAUCGGAAAAACUGCGAAACGUCAAACUCGACUACGCGCACGAUCUCCUGAUCCAGGAGGCGGCCGAUGUUGUCGAUCUGAAGGGAACGACGGUGCUCACUUACAACGACGACAAAUCUGCCAAGCUCGUGGGCGCCUUCAAGAGCACUGGCAAUGACGACGGCGAGCAUCCUUACGAGAGCGAUCUGCAACUCGAGCUGACCGCUCUCAAGCAGCCGCCUAUCACUCUCCACGAUCAUUUCAAGUUCGAACCCAAAGGCGACGAAGCGACGUUCAAUGCCAACAUGAUCAUUAAACAAGACCAGAAGGAGCUGUCCCUCGCACUCGGCCCUGUAACGUAUAAUCGCGACUUGACGCACAUCGACCUAAAGGCCAAGGCCACCACCCCGUACGAGAAGCUGCGUAAUAUGGACCUUGAACUCAAGCACAAGAGAGAAAAGGACGGGCACGUAAGGAAAACCGACGCAGCCUUGACCAUGGACGGUACAAAGUAUACCCUCAAUAGUGAAAUUCGAGAAAGCAACGUCUCUCCGAUGAUGCACGUCAUUUUCACUUCCCCAAAAGGCAAAACCGAGUUGCUCUCCAAAUUCAACAAGCUUGGCGACCAAGAAUACACAGGCGAGUGGAAGAUCGAAACGCCAAAGGGCUUCGCCGUUGCCGACGCGCACGUCAAUCUGGAGAGCAUCGACAACUUCGACAUUAACGUUAAUUUGGACAGCGACAAGCUCAAGCAUCGUAAGCUGCACGCCGAAAUCGCUAACAAGCCUACGGCCAAGGCUGGCAGGCGAAUAGUCAUCACCGUCACCAGCGACGGUAAAAACAUCGUAACCGGGAGCACAAACUACAAGAAACGCGACGAGGCCGGCAAAAUCACCGUCGAGGGAAGUGGCAAUCUCAAGGUAGGCGAGGACACGAGGAGCUCCUCCUUCAAGUACACUCGCCAGCAAUUGACCCGCGAGAAGGACGGCGAGUCCGGCGUGGUAAUCGUCCUGAACGCCAAGUUCGAUCCGGUGGCUGUUGUGGGCGAGCUGAAGCUCUCGAACAAGGAGGUUCUCGUUUUCAAUAGCUAUUGCGAGCAGAGCAAGGAUUGCGCUCAUUUCAAGCUUCAAUCGAGCUACGACACCGACAACAAGAAUUAUCUGAAUCACGAAUUAACAGUGGAGGUAGACUUGAAGAAAUUCAACGUGCCAGCUGAAUUCGGACUGAAGACGAGCACCGAAUUGAAAGAAUUCAAGUUCGAUCACUCUGCCAACUUGUACUUACACUCGUCGAAGGACAAAUCCCAGUAUUCCUACAAAGUCUACGUUCAUCCCAAGGAAAGCGCUGCCAUCCUGACUUUGCCCAAUCGCGAAAUGGCCGUUAUUAGUACAUUCGACUUGCCGAAGACAAAGCAAACCGGAGCAUUCAAGGUCGACGUCUCCGUUUACCUGGACAGAAAGAACAAACCGUCCGACAAGACCGCCCUGAUCGCCACCGGUGACGUUAAUAUCGAGAAGGACAGCGGAUCUGUCAACGGAGAGGUCAAAUUCAUAUAUCCAUCUCAGCCAAAGGAUAUGAUGGUGAAAGGUAAACUUCACUACGGCGGCGAACACCUGCUGGACGCGAACGUGGAUAUCGAUGUCUUCGGGAAGAAAACGCAGAAGAUCAACGUGGUGGCGAAGCUAAACCGACAGAAUAUAGAGAAGGGUAACAAUGUCACCAGCGUGAUCGAAGUGACCAGUCGUGGGCAACAACUCAAAGUUGAACUGAAAUCGCACGUGGCGAUCUCGGAGCUCCAUGUCGGUUUCGGCAGUAUGCUAUCGUACACGGACGUGAAUCAGAAGCCGCGGUCCGUGGGCGUUCUGUACUCCUCGAGUCCCAAGGGAGGAUAUCUUCUUGUAACUGCGCUUAAUAAAGAACUCCUUAAGUUCGACGAAAAGAUUCAAGUAGAGAAAAACCUGCUGAAGGUUGACGGGGAACUCACGAUUCUGGAUAACAAACCUAUCAUAAUGAACUUCGAAGCGCGUGAUUGGAACAGCUUCGCUUAUACGGAAUACGUACAAGAUAAGCCCAACACGAAGCUCGUCGUCAACGGACGCGUUGUGCUCGGACAACUAGCCGAAAUUCAUGCCGACGCUUUCAAGGAGGGAGAGAAGAAGCAUCUGUUCCACGGUUUGAUCCACCUUGAUGAAGAGAAAUUCCUAAAACCUGACUUCGGCUACAAUAAGGACAACGUUGUCCACGUAAUGGAACAUUAUCGAAGCCGCGAGACCGAGCUGUUGAAACAGCUAAAGGACGUCUCUAACGAAAUAGUCAACGAAGCAGAACGAGAAUUUAAGGAUCUCGCAGAACACUUGAAGAAGGCCCAACCGAAUCUUAAGCCGCUCGCGGACUAUUAUGAGGCCGAGCUAAACAAGCUGAAGAACGAACUCCACGCUGACCAGACCAUGAAAGACGUGCAGGCUACCUUGCACAAGUACUUCGGAGCUGUUAUCACAGCCGUAGCGGAGAGCAUGAAACAAAUAACCGCGCGAUUAAAUGAACUGCAGAAAGAAUACCGUGAAUUAACCGGCAAGCUCGAAGAGACAUGGAAGUCGGUAUAUCCUCAGCUAAAAGAAUCCUACAAUAAGAUAGCUCAUGCAUACAUCGAUAUCGUCGAUACCAUUUCCGCUACUUUGAUGGCCUACCUCAAGACAUUACUCGCCGUGAUUAACGAGCAUCAGAAGGAGCUGAAGGAAUUGGCGGUCGUGGCUUCGGAGCUCGCUCAGGACGUUGCUAAGAUCGUGUUCAAGGCCAUCGGUCAGAUCAAGAAGGACGUCGAGGAAUUCAUCGUCUUGCUGAAAAAUCAAAUGAAAGCGUUACCGAUCUUCGAAAUCGCGAAGGAGCAGUACCAGGAGCUCGUGAACCUUCAAAUUCCGGAAACCGUCUUGUCCUCCAUUCAUGAACUCAGCGAGGUCAUAAAGGCCAUGCUACCCACCGAGGAGCUUCGACAGCUCUUCAGCGCUACUUAUGAAUACAUCAUGAAGCACGUCAAACGCGAGAAAGUCGACGAUACCAACGAGAUCAAGAAGAUCUAUGAUUAUGCGAUCGAUGCUAUCGCGUCCCUCGUCAAGCUUCUGGAAUCCACCGACACCUUGGACCACAUAAUAGACGACUUGUUCAAUGCUAAUCUUCCCAUCGAGUAUGAUACGUUAACGAAACUGCCAUUGAUCACCUCGUUCAAACUGUCUCUCAUCAAUCGGAUGAACAAUAACGAGUUACCGACGCUGAAGGAGGCGUACUACACCUACAGGCCAACUCGGCUGUUCUCCGACAUGAUAGCUCCCUUCAGCAAAUUCGGUGUCGUCGUUGACGGAGGACAUAUCUUCACCUUCGACGACAAUCAUCUCAGUAUGCCGGGCGAUUGCACCUACAUCCUGGCCCAAGACAUGCAGGACGGCAAUUUCUCCGUCGUGGCCAACUUCAACAAAGGAAAUCUCGUUAGCGUGACCGUUACGGAGCCUAAAGAGAGCAUCACGUUGAAGAACAAUGGCAACAUCCUGGUGAACAACAAACGGGCCGAGUUCCCAGCCAGUACGAAGAAUUUGCACGCGUUCCUCUACGCGAGUCUCAUAAUGAACGUAAAGUCUGACUACGGUGUACACGUCGAAUGUGUUACCAAUCCGUCUAUGGUUUGCGCGGUCUACGUAAACGGCUUUUAUCACGGAAAAUUACGCGGUCUUAUGGGUGAUGGCAACAACGAGUAUUACGACGACUACACGUUGCCGUCUGGAAAGAUUACCGAGAGCGAGACUGAAUUCGCUAACGGAUACAAACUGAAGCCCGAUUGCCCGGCUGUGAACGCGAUCGAUCACAAGACGAAGCAACGUAAUUCAGUCUGCACUGACUACUUCUCCGGGCAGAAGUCUUCGUUGAAAAACUGCUUCAGCUACGUUAAUCCGAUUCAUUACCGAGAUGCCUGCGACGUUGCGGCUAACGGAAAUCCGCAAGCUCCUUGUGCGCUCGCAAUCGCUUAUUACGCAGCUUGCUAUAAUAAGCGUGUUUACGGAAUAAACAUUCCAUCCGCUUGCACACACUGCAAAGUUGGCGAGAAAUCAAUCGACGUUGGUGACACCUUCAGUGUUAAAAGCCCGAAAAAUCAAGCCGACAUUGUUCUGGUAGUCGAACAAGUAGAGGACAACGAGAAAAUCUUUAAAGAUCUGGUUCCAACGUUGGUCACCGACCUACGAGAGGAAUUCAAGCAACAGGGCAUAACGGACGUUCGCAUCAACUUAAUCGGUUUCGCCGAGCACAUGAAAUGGCCGCAACACUACACCACCAACGGCGAUACCAACAUCGAGGGCGAGGUGAAGAAUAUGAAAUUCGGCAAGCCAGAGCCGAUUGUUACGUUUGAGGAGGCUAAGAAGGGUAAUCUUGAACAGCAAAUGACGUACCUUGGGCAAAGACUAGACGUGGAGUUAGGCACCUUCAGGCUGACCGAUGCCUACGAGGAAGCCAUUAACUAUCCGUAUAGACCUGGCGCGGUCAGGGCUGUCGUCGCAGUCUUCGCGACCCGAUGCGAGAGGAGUCCAUUACCGCUAUCGCUGCAACAACUGAGGCUUAUACUUGGACACAAGGUGUACCGAGAUUUGGGUCUGACUUACUACCACAUGUACCAUACCGAUGACAUCCAGGUCUCUGGCAAAGUGCAGAAGAACAUUGUUGGUUACGAUAGCGACAGCGUGUACGUAUUCGGCGACAGCAAGAAGAAGCCGCUGACCGGAAACACCGAACUCAAGAGCAACAUGGUACUCUCUACAGACGAUGUGUGCGCCAACUUUGCUGUCACGUCUGGCGGAGCGGCGUUCAGUACCAACAAUUUUGCGGACGCUAAACCGAAUCAGAAGCGGCAGUUCGCUCAGAUUGCCGCUCGGAAGAUCGCCGAGGACCUCACGAGUGUCGAAAUUGAACAGGAUUGCGUGUGCAACCAGUUACACGGAUUCGGAAAUCCUCGCUGUAAGAUCGUGGGACGCAAGGAGAAGGAACAACUUGCGAGACACACGAAAGGUGGAGUGAAGGGUUGAAGGAGCCACAGUACUACGCAUACCAUUAUUUCUAAUUAAUUUAGAUGUAAUCUAUUUGUUACUUUGUUACAAUAUCGUAAAAGUCUUUUUGAUAGAGUGAUAAGUGAUUAUAAUUUGGUCAUCAUUCGGUCGAUAUUGCUCCACAGACCGAAAAGAAUGUUGGAUGCGAGAUACGAAUUGUACCUCGCGACAACUUCCUCAGUUUUCUAGAUGCAACAUAAACGUGCGCGAAUCAAUGCGAAUGCGGUAAAUUGGUGUGCCAUUUAUCGAUGUACCGGCGAUGUUUUACACAGAGAAAUAAACACUGAACAAUACCGUU